GUGGUUAUCGAGAGCAGCGGCGAAUGUUGCUUUUGUGGGCUUCUCUCGUAGCAUAUUUGUACUGGUUCCAGGAAGUUCGCGGCGUGGUGGAUCAUACAGUCUUCGUAGUCGUGUCCAUCUGUGUUUUGCCGUUGUUGUCUCGGGAUACCACGAUAUCUUUUCUGGGCUCCUUAGGGAGCACAAUCAUGGGCUGCAUCAUUGGUCUGCAAGCAAUCGACAUGUGCUUCGACUUGGCGAUCAUCAACAAUAGCGACGUGUCAGACGGCAGCAUAAUGAUUGAAGCUCGCAGAGUUGCUUACUUACGCCGGCGGAUUAUCACAGGGUGUUGA